CUGAUUGAAUGCACGGUAUCGCCUGGUUAUUCGAGUUCAGUUUCACAUUUUAACUUAUUAUUUUUACUUAACAUAGUUGUCAAAGAUGUAUUCUUCUUUGAUUCUGUUAUAUCUACUUGGAGCUAUUUUGGUGUCUGGUCAACAAAAGUGCUACAAUAAAAGUACCGACUUUUAUGCACUCACAGGCACGAGAACGCCUUACCAUUUGGUAGGAGGUACUCUCGAGCGACCAAAGAAAAAAUGUGAGCCACUGCAAGUGUGGGCCAUAAUUCGUCAUGGCACGCGCUAUCUGCAGGACUACGAGGUGCCAGAGUACGGCAUCGAUGGGCUAGAAAAAAUCCGAGACGAGAUCGUCGAGAAUCACCAACGAGGCGCUGGUCAUCUCUGCAGCGAGGACGUGGAAAAGAUUCGAUCUUGGCGCUUCACAGCCCACAUCAGGCCUCACGAUUCCGACGACAUGACGGAGCUUGGCCAUUACGAAAUGAGCUCGCUUGGCACGCGUUUGAAAAACUUUUUCCCGGAGAUUUUUGACGUCGAUCCCGAUCAAGUCACACCCGACGAUUUUCAGUUUCAAGCAACUAAUUUCACCCGAACGAUCGAGAGCAUGAAGUCCUUUCAAAGAGGUUUUUUCGGAAAAGUUCUCGAGGUCGAGAGUAAAGUGCCAUUGACCAACGAUGCAUUAUUGAUUCCUCAAAAGCAAUGUCCCGCGUGGAAAAAAAAGAACAGACCAGCUGACGUAAACAAAGAGCGCGAUACAUUCACCAACGGGCCCGAAUUCGACAUCAUCAAGCGAGAAGUUGCCGAAAAACUUGGUUACAACGAACCUCUAAGCUUUGAAAAAAUCAAGCCCAUGUACGAGAUGUGCCGCUGGGAGGCUGCUUGGUUUCCCAAUGAAACGUCCACUUGGUGCAUGGCCUUCACCAAAGAGCACUUGAAAUAUUACGAGUACCGCGAGGACCUGAAUUACUACUACUGCUGCGGUCCUGCUCAGAGAUUGUCUCAAAAGCUGGGCUGCUUGACUCUUAGCGACAUGUUUAAUCACUUUGAGAGCAAAAAACAGCAAGUGCCCGAUGAGCCGAGGGGCGUCUUUUAUUUCGUUCACACGCUAUCCAAUCAACAGCUCAUGGCAGCCUUGGGCAUCGCCAAAUACCCCGAAUUUGACGGCACUUCUUAUUCGACCGCUGCCAAUAGAACUUACCGCAAUUCCUUCAAUGCAGCCUUUGGUACUCAGCUGAUGGCUAUAUUUUACAAAUGCGAAGAGGACGAAAAAUCUCCCUACAAGGUACAAUUCCAACAAGCCGAGAAAGUUAUACCAAUGGAUGGUUGCGAUGACGAAGGCCUCUGUGAUUGGGAGUACUUGAAAAGCAAGUUUGGGCGUGCUGUUCAGGAAUGUAGCAUGGACGUUUGUUAUCAAAAUUUGCCCAACAGAACAACACCACCGAUUUAUUUUUAGUCUUAAAUCCGUCGUAUUAGCCGCUAAUUGACUUGAAUGAAAUAUUUUAAUUUUAUGUAUAAAACGUGAAAAAUUGAAUA